UGUAGAGGUGAGUGUCCAAAGGGCUGAAAGUGGGGACCUAAGGGAGCUCAGAGUGUGGAAUCCUAACACUCAGAGGCUGGGGUCUGAGAGGUUCGGCGGGGGAAGAAGCCUUGGCAGUCUGGCUCAGGUCCGGGGUGCUGAAGUGAAGGGGGCGCUCGGCAAGGGAGUCGGAGAGGGUCCCGAGUGGAGAGAUAGAGGAGGCUGGAAUUGACAAGUCUGAGAAAGCUCAGAGUAGGGGAGCAGGGAUGUUCAGAAAGAGAGAUCCCAAGGGGCUGAGGUGACAGGAGGGUCCUUACACUCCAGGGUACCUAUGCUCACAGUCGCAGAGUUCCGGGGCCCGGGUGGAGCUCUCGAGAACGGCUUCCUGUGUGGGCGCAGAGAGUGUUCCCUGUGAGGCUCGGGAAGAUUCAUGUAUGGGUGGGCGUCGGUGGACAGAGUCUUGGAGGAAUGUGCUGCCUACUGAUAGCAGGACUGGGGUUCGGGGGCAGUGCUCAUUGGGUGGCUUUUGAGACACUGAGGACUCUAGUUUUGAAGACUAAAGUAUAUAGGAGGUCUAGCCUCUGAUGAGGUGGAAGGAAGGCUGGUCACAGAUAGGGGGCUUAGGCACUUAAGGGUGUCCACCCCUCCCCACAGGAUGGCACACAAGGAGUUGGUAACCAUGGAGGAGCAGGACGCCAGGGUCCCCGCACUGGAGCCAUUCAGGGUGGAGCAGGUUUUCAACGCCCCAAAGCCCAAGUGGACCCAGCUGUCUGGGAGGAAGCUCCAGAACUGGGGUGGGCUCCCCCAUCCCCGGGGAAUGGUCCCUGAGCGACUUCCUCCAUGGCUUCAGCGCUACGUGGACAAAGUGUCUGACCUCAGCCUUUUUGGGGGUCUCCCAGCUAACCAUGUCCUUGUGAACCAGUAUCUGCCUGGCGAGGGCAUCAUGCCUCAUGAAGAUGGACCACUGUACUAUCCGACCGUCAGCACCAUCAGCCUGGGCUCCCACACUGUCCUUGAUUUCUAUGAACCUCGACAGCCAGAGGAUGAUGUUCCUAUAGAACAGCCCCGGCCGCCUCCACAACCCAUCACCUCGCUGCUGGUGGAAGCUCGCAGCCUGCUGGUGCUCCGGGGCACAGCUUACACACACCUGCUCCACGGCAUCGCAGCCACCCGUGUGGAUGAGUUGGAUGCCACCUCGCUGCCGCCCAAUGCAGCCGCGUGCCACUUGGCGCUGCCCGGAGCCCACCUGGUGCGUGGCACCCGAGUCUCCCUGACCAUUCGCCGUGUGCCUCGAGUGCUGCGUGCCAGCCUCCUGCUGAGCAAGUGACCACCGGAGUCCUGCCGGUUCUGUGACCUUGGGACCCUAGGGUAGAGGUGACUGUCCAGGGUUAUUUAUUUUCCCAGUAACUAUGGAAACCAUGGAGAAGAUGCCAUUCCAAAUAAACCAAAAAUACCUUUA